GUUGCGAAACCUGGAAAUCCCACUCUGACGGCGCUUCCUUCUAGAGGCUCUUGAAAACCAGCCACACUGACGCCAGGCUCAGAGAGCAGCCAAGCAGCACUGCAGACAGGACAGGCAGGAGCAGGCAGCCAAGUGCCUCAGCAGUUUGCAGGUACUGUGAAGUCUCUGCCCAGGACUCUGCAGUCAGUGGCGGCAAUGGCAUUUGUCCCUGAUUUGGACACACUGGAGAGCAACAGCCUGAAUGAGGAGAUGCUCUAUGGCCCCAAUUGUCUCUGCCCACAGAAGAAGCCCCGACUGGACUUGGAGGUGACAUCGCCUGGAGUGGGAAUCCAGGUGACAGUGACAAAAGGACACCUUUCCAGGACCUUUCGCCAGGCUGCCGUACUGGUGGCUGCUGUGACCAAGCUCCUAAAGCAGCCAUCACACAACGACUUUUCUGAUAGUGACCUUGGCAGCUUCUUCGAUGAUAUUUUCGGUAUGAGGUUGAUGUCAGGGGUGUCACCCCAGACAGAGGAUAUUCUUGGGGGUACUCUUGGACCUGGGAGCAGCAUCCUCCUGACUGUCUCACUCCCCACAGAGCCGGUCUCUUUCCAGUGCAUCAAGGGCAGUUAUACCAAGGCACCUGUUUUCCGCUACACUCGCUCCCAGUCCUUCGACAUCCUGGAUGUUGACCACAAGUGCUUCGUACUGGAGUCACCCACCCAGCUGGUGGCCCUGCACCUGCAGGGGCCCUCUGCUGGACGGAAAGUGAAGCUCGACAUUGCUCUGUACCGUCCCCGGUCAUCGCAGGGUGGUCCAAGGUCUGGAAGGGUGCCGGUGGCGUUGGGUAUCAAGGGCUACCAGCUCUACAUGUCCUGUGUGAUGAGUGACACUCAGCCCGUGCUGCAGCUGGAGGAAGCUGACAUCAGGAGGGAUCUUGAGAGUGUGGAGCUGACCCGUUUCAUCUUCUAUCGCCUGGACAGCCCAGCUGAGGGGACCACCCGCUUCGAGUCGGCCGCCUUCCCCGGCUGGUUCGUUUGCACAUCCCUGCAGCCCCGCCAGCCUGUCGGCAUCACGAACACCCCAGACCAAGUGAACAUUGCUACCUAUGAGCUGAGUGGGCACUGAGGAAUCUGCAUGAACCCAACCGGCAGUCACCGGUUUUCAGGCUGUAUGUACUAAGUACAACCCCCUGGGACAUGACCC